UUUCCUCUGUGGUGGCCCUGGGAGCCAGCAUCAUCUGUAACAAGAUCCCAGGUCUUGCUCCCCGGCAGCGGGCUAUCUGCCAGAGCAGGCCUGACGCUAUCAUCGUCAUCGGGGAAGGGUCCCAGAUGGGCAUCAACGAGUGCCAGUUCCAGUUUCGCAAUGGGCGCUGGAACUGCUCUGCCCUGGGAGAGAGGACUGUCUUCGGGAAGGAGUUGAAAGUGGGUAGCAGAGAAGCAGCAUUCACGUACGCCAUCAUCGCUGCUGGAGUAGCACAUGCCAUCACAGCUGCCUGUACCCAGGGCAACCUGAGUGACUGUGGUUGUGACAAGGAAAAACAAGGACAGUACCACAAAGAGGAAGGAUGGAAAUGGGGAGGCUGCUCUGCGGACAUCAGAUAUGGCAUAGGAUUUGCCAAAGUGUUUGUGGAUGCCCGGGAGAUUAAGCAAAACGCGAGGACGCUCAUGAACCUGCACAACAAUGAGGCCGGGCGGAAGAUUCUGGAAGAAAAUAUGAAAUUAGAGUGCAAGUGCCAUGGGGUCUCGGGAUCCUGUACCACUAAAACAUGCUGGACAACUCUGCCUAAGUUCCGGGAGCUGGGCUACAUCCUUAAGGACAAAUACAACGAAGCCGUUCAAGUCGAACCGGUGAGGGCAAGUCGUAACAAGCGUCCAACCUUCCUCAAAAUAAAGAAGCCCCUUUCCUAUCGCAAACCCAUGGAUACAGAUUUAGUGUACAUAGAAAAAUCUCCCAAUUAUUGUGAAGAAGACCCAGUCACGGGCAGCGUGGGAACGCAGGGAAGGAUGUGCAACAAGACAGCCCAGCAGUCCAACGGCUGCGACCUGAUGUGCUGUGGACGGGGUUACAACACACACCAGUACUCGAGAGUGUGGCAGUGCAACUGCAAAUUCCACUGGUGCUGCUAUGUAAAAUGCAACACGUGCAGUGAAAGAACAGAGGUCUAUACCUGUAAGUGAGGAUGUGGCUGGGCGGGCUGACAUGGCCCCAGCCAGGAAUACCUUUGCACAUGCACUCAAUGUACCUACGUGAGACUGUAGGAAGGACCUGCUCUCCCAGAAGAAAUGCUGAUGAAUGGAGCC